UAGUUCCUUCUCCGCUUUGUUUCAAGAUGUGGGUCGGGCGCUUUCGGUGAGGGGACCCCACUAGGAACUUCUUUACUAAACCCAAGGAAGAGAUGAGGCAAGAUCUGUGCUGGGCAGAUCCUUUGGAGUGAGGCUGCUGUGCACAGGCAUGAGAGUGAGCCAUUCCCUUCCCUUUGGCAGAUACUGCCUCUUAUUCAUCACUCCACUGCAGCUAAUCAGUAACCAAGGACCAUGUUACCAGUGUUCAGAGGGACCUGAAUAGAUUGGUGAUGCUGGUGAAUUAAGGAAUACAACCUCCAUAGAUCGUGAAGCUGGGACUGAAGAAGUGUUGAUUCCAAAAUUGCAUUCCUGAAAAAUCAGAAUCUCAUACAUUCAAGAGACCUCCACAGAGAUGUUGCCAAGGAAGUCAAAAUUUAGAAAGCACCUCUGAAGGGAAAGAGAAGACUCAAGGGGCUGAGGGAUGCUCCAAGCAAGAGAAAAUGAGGAGAAAGACAAGGAAUUUUAAACCAAAGACAGUAAAAGACAAUAAGACACUCAUAGAAGUGAGUGACCAAGAAUCUGAAAAAGAUGACCCUACAAUAAAUGAGAGAAUUCAGGCUGAAAAGAGACAGUAUGUGUGUACUGAAUGUGGGAAAGCUUUUAGUCAGAGUGCAAACCUCACAGUACAUGAACGAAUCCACACAGGAGAGAAACCCUAUAAGUGUAAAGAAUGUGGAAAGGCCUUCAGUCAUAGCUCUAACCUCGUUGUUCACCGGAGAAUCCACACCGGACUGAAGCCCUACACAUGCAGCGAAUGUGGGAAAUCUUUCAGCGGUAAGUCACACCUCAUUCGGCACCAGGGAAUCCACAGUGGGGAAAAAACUUAUGAAUGUAAGGAGUGUGGGAAAGCCUUUAGUCGAAGUUCUGGUCUUAUUUCCCAUCACAGAGUUCACACUGGCGAGAAGCCCUACACUUGUAUCGAGUGUGGGAAAGCCUUUAGCCGUAGUUCAAACCUUACUCAACAUCAGAGAAUGCACAAAGGAAAAAAAGUUUACAAGUGCAAGGAGUGUGGGAAAACAUGUAUUUCUAAUACAAAGAUUAUGGACCAUCAGAGAAUUCACACUGGGGAGAAGCCUUAUGAAUGUGAUGAGUGUGGGAAAGCUUUCAUCUUAAAGAAGACCCUUAAUGAACAUCAGCGACUUCACCGUAGAGAGAAACCUUACAAAUGUAAAGAGUGUGGGAAAGCAUUCACUUCUAAUCGUAAUCUUAUUGAUCAUCAGAGAGUUCACACUGGAGAGAAACCCUAUAAAUGUAACGAAUGUGGAAAAACCUUCAGGCAGACUUCUCAAGUUAUUCUACAUUUGAGAACCCACACGAAGGAGAAACCCUAUAAGUGUAAUGAGUGUGCAAAAGCUUAUCGUUAUAGCUCACAGCUUAUUCAACACCAGAGAAAACAUAGCGAGGAGAAAGAAACAUCAUAAAUGACAUAUAUUGUUGGAGGUAAUUUUUCAGUAUCAUCAAUGUUAAUUCUCUAGGAAUUCAUAUGGGAAAAGUAAUCAGAAGUAAACAAAGAUUAACAAGCAAUACUUUUGACAGCAUCAACUAUAACUGGAGGAAGAAAACUAAAUUUUCAACAUUACAGAGUUUAAAUGAGUGAUGGUCUACUUAGAUGAUGGUUUUGCACCUGCUGUAAACAUUUUUAUAGACUAUUUAAAAUACAGAGGGAAAUUAUUUGGAUAAAAUGAAAGAUAAAUUUAAAAAAUAGUGGAAGGUGACCCAAAUUUUUAAAAAAAUUUAUGCAAAGGAAAAAAUAGAAAUGAAAAAAUACCAAAUCAAAAUGUUAGCAGUGAUUAUCUCUGGGUGAUCGGAUUAUAGGUAAUUUCUAUUUUCUCCUUUAUACUUUUCUAUGCUUUUUAGAUUUUCUACAAUGAUAUUGUACUACUUUUAUAUUCAGAGAAAAGUGGAGUAUAUUUUAAAUGCAAGGAGUACAUGUUCAUUUUCACUCAGUGUUAUGAAAGGUGCAUAGAACAUAGGCUUUAAAGUCUUGUGAUUGCACCCUAACACUGGCACUUAGUAGCAGUGAGAACAUAAGUAAGUCACUUCUUUUAGAGCCUGUUUCCUGGGUUGCUUAAAAACCAAUUGUUGGGCUUUAGCAGGUUUUUAAAUUAAUUAAUUAAUUAAAUUUUUUAGGGCCACACCCCUGGCAUAUGGAGGUUCCCAGGCUAGGGAUCUAAUCGGACCUACAGCUGC